AUGACGAACGAUAAAGUCGAAAGUACAACGUCUGAACGUACCCAAUCGCGCCAUCCACUAGAACCAUUGUCAUUGGCUGAAAUUGAACGGGCUGUAGAAGUUUUGAAGAAACAAAGUGACAAAAUAACGGCAACGACACGUUUUGUGUCGAUAACAUUGCAUGAAGCAGCAAAGGAAAAAAUAUUGAAUCCAUCGAACGAAGUGAUUUCCCGUGAAGCUGAUGUUGUUCUCUUCGAUAAUGGAACGAAUUCUUGUUAUGAAGCACGAGUCGAGCUGGAAAACGAAGGUCAACUUAUAUCACUGGAACACAUUCCAAAUGUUCAGGCGACGAUGACUGUUGAUGAACAAGUUGAAUGUGAACAAGCAGUACUUCGAUCAGUUCAAUUUCAAGAAUUGAUACGUGAACAUUAUGGUAUCGAUGAUGUUAGUCGAGUGAUGGUCGACAUAUGGUCAAGUGGGUACUAUGGAGAAGAAGAAGAACGUACACGUCGUCUAGCAAGACCAUUGUGUUUCGUUCGAUCUCAUCCGAAUGAUAAUGGAUAUACACAUCCAAUUGAAGGCUUACGACCUGUAGUCGAUCUCAAUUUAAUGGAAGUUAUUCGUAUUGAGAUUUAUAAUCACUAUCCCAUUCCGUACAUCAGCUGUGAAUAUACAUCGGAUCAAGUGUCAAAAACUCGUACUGAUAUUCGACCGUUAGAAAUCGUUCAACCUGAAGGCCCAAGCUUUCAGAUCAAUGGUUAUCAAGUCUCAUGGCAAAAAUGGUCAUUUGUUAUCGGUUUUACUAUGCGACAAGGUUUAGUUCUUCAUCAUUUGACCUACGACAACCGUUCAGUGUUGUACCGAGCUGCACUAAGUGAAAUGGUUGUUCCCUAUGGUGAUCCAGCUGAACAACAAGCAAGAAAAAACGCAUUCGAUUGUGGUGAAUAUGGUUUAGGUUGUUGCACGAAUAGUCUGGAACUUGGCUGUGACUGUCUUGGUUACAUCAAAUAUUUCGAUGCAAAUAUGUGUACCAGCCGUGGAGAACUCUUGGUGAUCAAAAAUGCCAUUUGUCUUCACGAAGAGGACGUCGGCAUCCUAUGGAAGCAUACAGAUCGUCGAUUAAAUAAUCCAGAAGUACGACGAAGUCGAAGAUUAGUUAUCUCAAGUAUUGCGACAAUCGAAAAUUAUGAAUAUGGAUUCUUCUGGUAUCUGUAUCAAGAUGCUAGCGUUCAAUUCGAAGUCAAAAUGACGGGCAUUCUUUCAUUAGGCGCUGUACCACCUGAGAAAAAGUCACCGUAUGGCUCAUUAAUUGCUCCACAAUUAUUCGCACCAUAUCAUCAGCAUUUCUUCAACAUGCGUCUUGAUUUAGCUAUAGACGGCAUCAAUAAUACAGCGUACAUGAUCGAUGUCGAGGCUGAUCCGGAUGAUGCUCUACACAAUCAAUUUCACAAUGCGUUUCACAUCAAUAAAAUAUUGCUUGAAACCGAGAAGCAAGCAAGAAGCAAUCUGUGCUUAGAGAAAUCACGUUCGUGGAAGUUCGAAAACUCCGCCGUUCGAAACGGAGUUGGUGAAGCAACUGGCUACAAACUACAUCCGGGUGACAACGCCGUACCUCUCAGUUCGUCGAAAGCUUGGUGGCGCAAACGUGCAAGUUUUGUGGACUACCAUGUCUGGGUUACUCCUUUCGACGAGAAGGAAAUGUUCGGUUCAGGCAAUUACCCCAAUCAAAGUCAAUCCGACAUUGGUUUGUUACAUUAUACCGAACAAGAUCGGUCCAUAGUUAAUAAAGACAUCGUUCUCUGGUAUACAUUUGGUGUGACACAUAUUCCAAGACAAGAAGAUUUUCCUGUCAUGCCUGUCGUUACAGCAGGAUUUUCACUUAAACCUAGCGGAUUCUUUGAUAUUAAUCCUUCGAAUGAUCUUCCCAAAGCGAUAAAGAAAACAGUGAAAGAAUGUUGUGAAAACUAA